UGAGUUGAAAAGAAACAAUAAAAUAAUGAGCAAAAGAAAAUGAAAAAACAAAACGAAAAAUGAAUUUAGAGAGAAACCAAUGCUGCAGACUGUUUCUCUUUCUUCCUAACUGUCUCUCAAGAUCCAGAUACAGAGGUACACUCUCUUACCUAGCUUCAAAUCCCAGAUUUCCCAUUUUCAGAAGCAGCUUAUAAAUUUAUCUCUCAAUUCUCAGCUGAUUUUGGAAAAUUUCCCAACUGUUUAUCAUGUUCGUAUAAAGCCCUAGGUCAAUCUAAUCUCUGAUUUAGGCACCCUUUGUUCUCAAUUUGAUUCCCUCGAGCUUACUUUUCCGAAUUAGAUUUCCAAUUCAGCCAACAUUCCCGAUUGAAACCCUAGAUUAUCGAGGUGAAACCGAGCUAUGACGACUCGAGGGAGCAGAUCGGAGAAAGUGAAGCGAAUUUUCCAGCAAUUCGACGUGAACAGAGAUGGGGGAUUGAACCGCGAGGAGAUGGCGGCGCUUGUGGUGGCCGUUAACCCUAGGGUUAAGUUCAGCGACGAACAGAUUAGCGCAAUUCUCGACGAGGUUUUCCGCACGUACGGAGAAUUCAUCGACGGCGAGAAAGGCCUCACAUUUGACGGCCUCCUCCGCACCUACGACGACGGAGCUGGCGACGUGGACAGAGAUUUCGAUGCCCUCGGGCUCGAGCUCAAGCCAUCGGAAGAUAAGAAUGGAAUCUCGCAGGCUUCUGAGGAGGCGGCGUCGUCUUCCUCCGUCGCGGACGAGCGUGUGAUGGAGCCCCACAAGAAGCAGCGGACUGCAGCCUGGGCUGCUUCCCCUAACCACGGCAUUGUGUUUGACGACACGUGGCAGCUCGUUGAUGAUCUGGAGAUUCUGAUCAACAGGUUGAAAAUGAAGCAAAUGAAGGAUGGGAAGAUAAAGAAUGACAAUUCAGACGUUUUCUCCGAUCCAGGAUGGUCUAGAGAGCUCGGCCCAUCGAGUGAGAUAUCGGAUAAGAGAGUUAUUUGGGAUGAGUCCUCUGCGGAUUAUGCGGCUUUUGUGAAGGAGUUGGGGGUGUUGAGGUCGAGGGCGGAUAGGGCACGAUCACGAGCUGAGGCGUUUGAUGGCCAAAUGGCUAUUGGUCGUGUGCUAUACGAGCAUUACCUAUUUAAGGAGGCAUUGGUAAGUUUCAAGAGGGCUUGUGAACUUACACCAUUUGAUGUGAAACCUCAUUUUAGAGCAGGGAAUUGUUUGUAUGUUCUUGGUUUGCAUAGUGAGGCGAAAGCUGAGUUUUUGCUUGCCUUAGAGGCAGCAGAGGCUGGUGGGAAUCAAUGGGCUUAUUUGUUGCCUCAGAUUCAUGUGAAUUUAGGGAUUGCACUUGAAGGAGAAGGUAUGGUGCUUGGUGCCUGUGAGCAUUAUAGAGAGGCUGCUAUUCUGUGUCCCACUCAUUUCCGGGCGUUGAAGCUUUUGGGAAGUGCUCUGUUUGGUGUAGGGGAGUAUAAGGCAGCUGUGAAGGCUUUGGAAGAGGCUAUUUAUAUGAAGAACGAUUAUGCAGAUGCACAUUGUGAUUUGGCUUCGGCUUUGCAUGCCAUGGGUGAUGACGAGAAUGCUAUCAAGGAGUUCCAAAAGGCGAUUGAUCUGAAACCGGGUCAUGUGGAUGCUUUGUACAAUUUGGGAGGAUUGUAUAUGGAUAUGGGUAGGUAUCAGAGAGCCUCAGAGAUGUAUACUCGGGUUUUGGCUGUGUGUCCAAACCAUUGGAGGGCGCAAUUGAAUAAGGCCGUCUCUUUGUUAGGAGCUGGAGAAACUGAGGAUGCUAAGAAAGCUCUGAAAGAAGCUUUAAAGAUGACCAACAGAGUGGAAUUGCACGAUGCUAUAGCACAUUUGAAGCAGCUACAGAAGAGGAAGUUGAGGGGGAAUGGUAAUGGCAAUGGUGAGGCAGCCUUCAUCACCGUGGAGCCCUCAAAGUUUAAGGUCGUAGGCGAGAAAACCACACUAAGGCCGGAGCUAGCCAUCGCGCUUGACAUCAGAAACUUUCAGAGGAUCACUCGAUUGAACCGGUGUGAGGUUGAGCUUAUCAAGAAAGAAAUGAGUGAAGGGGAUGUGCCCAUCUCCUAUUCUGGCAGCGGCAUGCCUGAAAAGUCAAUACGCAAAGCUUCGCUAGAAGGAAUUCUCCACAAGUUGCUUAGUUUCUUGAAGCCAGAAACUUUUGUGGGAGCUGUCAAAGCUAUAAACCAGAAAAUUCUCUGCGUUUUGGACGAAUCAGAGUCGGGCAGGGUGGAUUUGGGCAUGUUUUUCGCCGUUCUUGCCCCUCUCUGCGGUGGCUCUGCAGACAAGCGGAAGCAAAUUGCAUACGAGUCACUCUUAUGGCGACCUGUGAACGAAGGCAGUACGCAGAUAAAAAAAUCGGAUGCUCAGAAAUACAUCAAGCUGCUGAGGACGAUCUACAUUCCCACACAUGGGAUAAGUGAGAUCUUGGAAAUUCAUGGAGAGACGGACAACUCCUUGGUUUCGUCGACAGAGUUCAUUGCCAUGUUUGAUGAUCAAGAAUGGGGGUUUAGCAUAAUGUCGACCCUGUUGAAGCUCGAGAGCGGAGAUAGGAGUCGCCAUGGAAGGCAUGUCUGUGCUACCUGCCGGUAUCCCAUAAUUGGGUCGCGUUUCAAGGAGACGAAAGGGCACUUCAGCCUGUGCUGCCAGUGCUACAGCGAGGGGAAAGUGCCCUCUUCAAGCAAGCAAGAAGAAUACAGAUUUAAAGAGUAUGCAAAUGAGUCAGAAGCUGUGAAGGAUAAAUGCCUAUGGUUUGGUUCCAAAGGCUCUCCUGCUGGCUCCUAGCUUUUGUCACAUUCUUCCUAGCUGUUUAAAAUUAGUGUGAAUCAUAUUUAACUUUGCCGGAUGUUUAUUUUUCUAGGGGUUUCCUUUUGUACAAUAAAUCCUUUUGAUAUGUUGGCUCUGAAUUCUUUGUUUCAUAUUUAGGAUUUCAUUGUUUGAGGUUUGUCCACUGAUGUUACCACUUCUUAUAUUGUGCUUGAGUUUGACUC